GGAACAAUGGCAAAGACCAGAAACAAUCAUAUUGCCAAUACAGGUGCAAUAUGAUUGCCUUCCAUGAUGUGCUUCAUAAAGUGUAUGAGCAACUCAAUCGUGAAGAAAAGAUGAGAUUGAAAGCUGAGUUGAAGAAGACGCCAUUUUGGAACUUGAUUGAAGCUUAUGACAAGGGAUUGAUGACUAAGAACACAACUGCAAAAUCAGAUCGAGAGAUGCAUAGGUUAGUGCAAUGCUACAAGCCGGCUUUGAAGAAAUUUAAGUUUGGAAACAAGUUGGCAGAAAUAAGUGUAUCGGAUGUGCACUACAUUUUGGGUUUGCCAAACCAAAAAUCAGCUCUCACGGUGCCAAACCCAAUAGAUGAUCCUAAGAAGCCGACUGAUCAUCCUCUUGUUCAAAGGUUCUUUGCAAAUGACCGAAGGAUAAAAAAAGCAAGAAUCAUGAGCUGUAUUGAUGAGCAGUUAAGGGAAAAAGCUCCUGGGUGGAUAGAGAACAUGACAAAGUUGCUGCUACUGCAUCUGUUCAUCACACUACUGUUUGCAAGCUCGGGGUCUACCUUAGGAUGGAGCUUUGUGAAAUGCAUCACUGAUAUUGAGACAAUGAGGAGAUAUAACUGGGCAAGAGCUGUUAGAGACUAUUUGUUAUUGUGUUUGCAAGCUGCCACAACGGGAAAAGCAAGGCAAAUCAGUGGGUGUGUAGCAUUAAUCCCGUAUUGGAUAUGCGAGAGGAGUACUAUGCUUGUUGAAAUUAAAGGCAGAGAAGCAAUGACUCCAGGGUGCGUCAAGUGGAGUCUCCCUCAAUUCACAAAAGAAUUGCAGAAAAUGCAAGUUGAUGACAUAGAGAUUGAUAAUGCAGUUGCCGACAACAAUAGAAGCAAACAUGGCAAGGAAAACAGUGACAAUGACUUUGAGAACCCUCCAUCAAAGCAUGCUGCUACUGCACAGGCAAAGGGGCAGAAAAGACAAAGAGAAGAAAAGAAGGCCACAGUAGCUGCCAAAAACCCAGCCAAAAAGCGGGUGGCCGAAAAGAGAGCAAAAAGUAAAGAAAAUAAGAUCUCGAAUGAGGGUGCUACUGCACCAGCUGAAAAGGAAAAACGUAGAAAUGAAGAAGAGACAGCUGAUAAUGAAUCAGAAGGUUUCGAAGAUGAACAUGAAGACAUGACAUUAAGAGAUUGGGUGGAUAUGAACAGCAUGAAUUUUGCGAAAAAGAUUGACGAGAAUAAAGGAGAGGAAGGAAUGCAAACAAAAACCACAAGUGGAGUAAAUGUCAAUGACAUAGAUUUGGGUGCAACUGAGGAAGAAGAGGAUGUUGCGGAUGGUAUUAGAGAUGACUUUAGCUUUGACACUGGAUUUGGGGGGCAGGAAAAUGAAACAAACUUUGUCGAUCAGGAUCGGGAUGGAACUGAAGGAGCAGAACCAGAUCAAAUGCAAAGGAAUGAAAAAGCUGCUACUGAGGUCGAUCAUGAUCGGGAUGGAACUGACGGAGGAGAACCAGAUCGAAUGGAAAGGAAUGAAAGAGCUGCCACUGAGGCUGAUGAUGUUGAAAGGAAUAGAAAAGCUGCUACUGAGGCUGAUGAUGUUGAAAGGAACAGAAAAGCUGCUACUGAGGCCGAUGCAAAUUUUAUGGAUCAAACCCUGAAAAGUAUUAUAGAAGAGAUUGUGAAUGAAGCUGCAAGGAAAGAAAAAGCUGCUACUGAGGCCAAUGAAGCUGCAAGGAAAGAAAAAGAUGCUACUGAGGCUGGUGCAAAUAUUGCUGAUCAAAUCUUGCACAACAUUGUAGAAGAGAUUGUGAAUGAAGAGUACAAGAGCAGGAAUGAUCCAGUUUGGUUCGAUGAAUGGGAAGCCUUGUUGCAAAGUGAGUACGAUGAAUUUGGCUAUCCAAGCACUGAUGAAGAGCAGAUCAAUACAGUGGAGCAUUGGCAAGAUGUAGCAAUGCUGAAACAAGAUAUGGCGGGAAGUGCUAUCGAGAGCUGCAUAAGGAAGCAAGCUUAUAUAGAGAGAUUGUGGGAUGAAAAAGAAGAAGUGUCAAAAAAAUACAAAAAGUUGAAGACAAAGUUGAAGAAGAAGCAAGAAGAGCUUAGAAAAUGGAGAAACAAAUGCAAACAACUAAUGAUGAUAGUGCAAAGGGUAGAAAAAGAUGAAGAGGCCAAUGAAGAUGUUGCUGCUCCUACUGCUCCUCCUGCUGUUGCUGCUCCUGCUGCUGUUCUCGCUCAUGCUACUGCUCCUGCUACUGUUCCUGCUCAUUCUACUGCUCCUGCUGCUGUUCCUGCUCAUGCUACUGCUCCAUCAAAUGAACCAAGGACACGAUCAGCGAUAAAGAGAAUCAAAGAAAGAACCGAUCGGAAAGAGAAGCAACUAGAAGGUUUUGAGGUGCAGAAACCAUCGAAGAAACAGAGGAAGAAGAGCAAUUAAAGGACUUAACAAACAUAUUAGUAGUCUAUUUUGGUGCACCAAUCGUAUGGGAUUCGGUGUUAAGUCAGUCAUCCAAAUUAGUAUAUAUUUGUAGAUUUGGUGUUGGUAUAUAUUUGUAUAUAUUUUCAUUUUUUGUGUAUAAUCGUAUGGGAUUCGGUGUUAGUAUAUAUUU